AUGCGGCUGGAGGACCUGGCCGCCGGGAGCCUGGGGGGCAUCCAGGUGCUGUUCGAGCCCACGGACCGGCGCUCCCUGCCGCGCGAAUUCCCAGCGGGGACGCGGAGCUUCCUGGUGGUGACGGUGCUGGACAAUGUCCGGAAGGAGCUGGAGUUCUGGCGCUACGAGGGCGGGGGCCGCUGGGCGCGGAGGAGUGGAGGCGCGGACGCGCUGCCCAUCGGCCGCGACGUGGGCGUGUCGGCCGUCUGGGAGCACUCGAGCGACGACAUCUGGAUCACGUCGGACGGCUACCUGCAGCCGGACACGCUGCAGCUGGCCUCCGCCGCCGACGGCGCGGCCGCGCCGCUGGAGCUGUGGGCCAAGCCGGCCCUCUUCGACGCCUCGGGGCUGCAGGUGGAGCAGCGCAUGGCGACCUCCCUGGACGGCACGCAGGUGCCCUACUUCCUGGUCCGGCCCAAGGCCGUGCCGGGCGACGGGUCCACGCCGACCAUCCUGGCAGGCUAUGGCGGCUUCCAGAUCUCCCGGCUCCCUGCGUACUCCGCCGUCUACGGGGUUGGGUGGCUGGAGCAGGGCGGCGCGUACGCGGUGGCCAACAUCCGCGGCGGGGGCGAGUUCGGGCCGCGCUGGCACCAGGCCGCGCUGCGCGAGCGGCGCCACAAGGCCUACGAGGACUUCGAGGCGGUGGCGCGCGACCUGCAGCGCACGGGCCUCACGUCCCCGGAGCGGCUCGCCUGCCUGGGGGGCUCCAACGGCGGCCUGCUGGUGGGCAACAUGCUCGUGCGGGAGGGGGCCCGCCUCUUCGGCGCGGUCGUGUGCCGGGUGCCGCUGCUGGACAUGCGGCGGUACCACCGGCUGCUGGCCGGCGCCUCGUGGGUGGCGGAGUACGGGGACCCCGACAAGCCGGAGGACCAGGGGAUUGGGAGUUCCUGCGCGGGUACUCGCCGUACCACUCCCUCGACGACUGCCUCAGGGAGGGGUCCGGGUGGGGCGGUUGCCCGCACGUGCUGUUCACGACCUCCACGAAGGACGACCGCGUGCACCCCGCGCACGCCCGCAAGAUGGUGCGCAAGCUUCUGGACGUCCCCGAGGCGGCGCAGAAGGUCCUCUACUGGGAAAAUAUCGAGGGCGGCCACGGCGGCGCCGCGAACAACGAGCAGACGGCCUACAUGUGGGCCCUGA